UGAGGAUGUUGGAGAAGAAGAUGAUGUAGGAGGGGAAGAUAGAGAAGAGGAUGAUGGAGAAGAGGAUGAUGGAGAAGUUGAUCCUCAAAAGCACGUUGAGGACGCACAGUUAUCGACAGUACACGGUGACGAGCGAAAGAAAAGGAAGCCAUGUAACGAGUUAGAAGAGCUUACCCCUCUGCCCGCGAAAAGAGCUAGGACGAAGACUAGAAGGUUUGGUUUCUCAUCAGGAUGCUCGAAAGAAAAGGCACCUGAUCCCGAAUCUGAAGCACAAGCGUACAUUACCUUCCGGCCCGUGGAAGCACGUAUUAAGAAGAAAUUCUUAGCAAAGCUAGCAUCAUAUCGGAAGAAGGAGUACGUCGUUGAUGGUCAUAGGGUGAAAAGCAACUUCUUUGAAUGCAUAUACAAACCGCAAAACUGGGUUGAUAGUUCACAUGUUGAAGCCAUGCUGACCAUUUUGUGGAGAAGAUUGGGUGAAUCAUUUCUUCAGUCAAGGGUUGCGGUGUUGGAUACCUGGUUUUCACAUACUCUGGCUCUUGAUUACAAUCGAUACCAGAAGACAAAAAAGAAGUCGACUUUUGUUUGGCACAGUCUCAUAAAGAACUAUAUUAGAGGUGUAGUCCCUACUCGGUCAGCGAGGAUGGCUUGGUAUACUGACAUCGACACUGUCUACGUACCUUUGAAUUGGGGAAAGGGUCACUGGGUUGCAGCGGCUAUAGAUCUAAGGCUGGGACAUGUAUUCAUCCUUGAUCCCCUUAUCAUAAAGAAUGAUAAGAGAAAGCUUCCGCGCCACAUGAAACCGAUCGUUGAAAUGCUUCCUAUCGCAAUCAAGGAGAUUGUGAAGAAGGAAAGUCUUACCUGUCCCGUACCUAAAGUCUUUUCGUAUGAGAGGGUCAUUGAUGUUUACCAAAACGAUCGGACCGGAGACUGUGGCCCUCUGACCGUGAAGUUCAUAGAGUUACACGCGCAAGGAUUGGGGUUGGAUGGAUUGACAGAUGAGACUGUGGACGAGAUGCGGAUGCGAUUUGCUGUUGAUGUUUACGACGAAUUUGUAGUCAGCCUACGUGGCUGAUCACGUACACAUUUCUAUUUGUACGCAUACUAUUGUCUCUUAUUCACCGAAGUUUAUUUUUCAGGUUUUGAUGUCUUUUUUAUACUUUAAUGGUUAGCUACGUAUUGACCUAAUUUUAUUUUCCAGA